AUGAACAGUGGCGGCGGCCUCCCGCCCCCCUCGGCCGCCGCCUCCUCGUCCUCCUCCUCGCUGGCGGCGGCAGUGGCGGUGGUGGCCCCGCCGGGGGUGGGGGGUGUCCCCGGCGGGGCGACGGCGGGAGUGAAGCUCAAGUACUGCCGCUACUACGCCAAGGAUAAGACUUGCUUCUACGGGGAGGAGUGUCAGUUCCUGCAUGAGGACCCCGCCGCUGGGGCUGUCCCGGGCCUCGGCCUCCAUAGCAACAGCGUCCCCCUGGCGCUGGCGGGCCCGGGGCCCGGGGCCGGCUUUCCGCCCGGAGCGGUCCCGGGCGGAGGAACCGGGCCGCCCCCGCCGCCGGGGCCCAAGAAGCCGGACCUGGGGACCCCUGGAGCCGGAGCUGCCAGCAGCGGAGGCGGCAACGGUGGGGGACUCGAUGGACCACGGCUGGCAAUUCCUGGAAUAGAUGGAGGUGCUUUAACUGAUACUAGUCUCACAGAUUCCUAUUUCAGCACCAGCUUUAUUGGAGUCAAUGGAUUUGGAAGUCCUGUAGAAACAAAAUAUCCUUUGAUGCAGAGAAUGACCAAUAGUAGCAGUUCCCCAAGCCUUUUAAAUGACAGUGCCAAGCCAUAUGCAGGCCAUGAUGCUCUCACCUCACCUGCUUCAUCCUUGUUUAAUGACUUUGGUGCCCUCAACAUCUCUCAGAGAAGAAAGCCAAGGAAGUAUCGCCUGGGGAUGCUGGAGGAGAGGCUAGUUCCGAUGGGAUCAAAGGCACGAAAAACAAAGAACCCUAUUGGCUGCCUUGCUGACAGGUGUAAAUCAGGAGUACCCAUCAAUAUGGUUUGGUGGAACAGAGUCACAGAAAACAAUUUACAGACACCAAAUCCUACUGCAAGCGAGUUUGUCCCUAAAGGAGGAUCAACCUCCAGGCUGAGUAACCUGUCCCCGUCCAAUAUGUCUGCCUUCUCUCAAGUGUUCUCUCACCCAGCCCUGGGAAGCCCCACUCCUGCUGGAUUAGCACCAGGUAUGUCGUUGUCUGCUGGAUCUUCUCCUCUGCAUUCCCCCAAGAUCACUCCACACACUUCGCCUGCUCCCAGAAGGAGGAGUCACACUCCAAACCCAGCCAGUUACAUGGUGCCUUCUAGUGCCUCCACACCUGUUAAUAAUCCUGUUUCUCAGACUCCAUCUUCUGGUCAGGUGAUCCAAAAGGAAACUGUAGGUGGGACGACUUACUUCUAUACGGAUGCAGCUCCAGCACCUGUGACUGGAAUGGUAUUUCCAAACUAUCACAUUUAUCCUCCAACUGCACCUCAUGUUGCUUAUAUGCAACCAAAAGCAAAUGCACCUUCUUUCUUCAUGGCUGAUGAACUCCGACAGGAGCUGAUCAACAGACAUUUAAUAACAAUGGCUCAAAUUGAUCAAGCAGAUAUGCCAGCCGUCCCUACCGAAGUUGACAGCUACCAUAGCCUCUUCCCUCUGGAACCACUGCCACCACCCAACCGGAUACAGAAGUCCAGUAAUUUCGGGUACAUUACAUCUUGCUAUAAAGCUGUAAAUAGUAAAGAUGACCUGCCGUAUUGCCUUCGGAGGAUACAUGGUUUUCGUCUUGUUAAUACAAAGUGCAUGGUGUUGGUUGAUAUGUGGAAAAAAAUCCAGCACUCGAAUAUCGUUACCUUGCGGGAAAUGUUUACCACGAAAGCAUUUUCAGAACCUUCACUCGUGUUUGCUUAUGAUUUCCAUGCUGGAGGAGAAACGAUGAUGAGCAGACACUUCAAUGACCCCAGUGCUGAUUCCUACUUCACAAAGAGAAAAUGGGGUCAGCAUGAUGGACCACUGCCCCGACAGCAUGCUGGGCUAUUGCCAGAAUCACUUAUUUGGGCCUACAUCGUCCAACUAAGUUCCGCACUGCGAACCAUUCACACAGCAGGUUUGGCAUGUCGAGUCAUGGACCCAACAAAGAUUCUGAUAACUGGCAAGACGAGGUUACGAGUAAAUUGUGUUGGAGUUUUCGAUGUUUUAACAUUUGAUAACAGUCAGAAUAAUAAUCCGUUGGCAUUAAUGGCUCAAUACCAGCAAGCAGAUCUGAUAUCAUUAGGAAAAGUUGUGUUGGCUUUGGCUUGCAACUCUUUGGCAGGAAUUCAGCGAGAGAAUUUACAGAAAGCCAUGGAGCUGGUGACAAUCAACUACUCCUCGGACCUGAAGAACCUGAUUUUGUAUUUGUUGACUGACCAAAACAGAAUGCGGAGUGUCAAUGAUAUCAUGCCCAUGAUUGGUGCUCGAUUUUAUACUCAGUUGGAUGCUGCUCAAAUGAGGAACGAUGUCAUCGAGGAAGACCUCGCAAAGGAGGUCCAAAACGGAAGGCUGUUUAGGCUUCUAGCAAAAUUGGGAACAAUCAAUGAGAGGCCGGAGUUUCAAAAGGAUCCUACCUGGUCGGAGACAGGAGACCGUUACCUGCUGAAACUCUUUAGAGACCAUCUCUUCCAUCAGGUGACAGAAGCAGGUGCACCCUGGAUUGACCUCAGUCACAUCAUUUCUUGUCUUAACAAGCUGGAUGCUGGAGUGCCCGAGAAGAUCAGCCUCAUUUCCCGCGAUGAGAAGAGUGUGCUCGUGGUGACCUACAGUGACUUAAAGCGCUGCUUCGAAAACACGUUUCAAGAACUCAUUGCAGCUUCAAAUGGUCAGUUGUAG